CCGGACGUUUGAACCUUCACCUCGCCAGACCCGGCGGAACACACCACGGCCCCCUGGAUUGCAGCCCUUCCAUCCCAGGGUGGUAAGCUCCCUGAGGAAGACUUGGACCUGUGGCUAGCACACUGGCCUGGUACAGAAAAGGUUGAAUUGGGAAGUAAAGUAAAAUCAUGUUCGUAGAAUUUGAGUAAACACUUGGAAAUUCCUGGGUCAGUGGCCUGGUGACCUGGGUGCAAAGUACCACAUUACUAUCAUCUCCCUGUGAGUGGGAUUGGCAGCCCAGCUGUCCCUCCUGGCGCAAGUGCUCCCCGAAACCCAGGCUCGUGCCGGCAGACAGCCUGCUUUACCAGGCCUCAGGCAUGGAAGAACUGAUAUGGGAGCAGUACACCGUGACCCUCCAGAAGGAUUCCAAGAGAGGAUUUGGAAUUGCAGUGUCAGGAGGCAGAGACAAUCCCCACUUCGAAAAUGGGGAAACGUCCAUUGUCAUUUCUGACGUGCUCCCGGGUGGACCCGCAGACGGGCUGCUUCAAGAAAAUGAUAGGGUGGUCAUGGUUAACGGCACCCCCAUGGAAGAUGUGCUCCAUUCAUUUGCUGUUCAGCAGCUGAGAAAAAGUGGGAAGAUUGCUGCCAUUGUGGUCAAGAGGCCCCGGAAGGUCCACGUGGCCCCGGUGCAGAGCAGCCUUCCCAUCCACGAGGAUGACCGGGCUUUUGAGGUGAUGGAUGAGUUUGACGGCAGAAGUGCGCGCAGCGGGUACAGCGAGAGGAGCCGGCCCAGCAGCCGCGGGGGGCGCAGCCACAGCUGGGAGGACAGCCCGGAGAGGGGCCGUCCCCACGACCGGGCGCGCAGCCGGGAGCGGGACCGGAGCCGCGGCCGCAGCCUGGAGCGGGGCCUGGACCACGACGACUACGGACGAGCCCGGGAGAGUAGCCGCGGCCGGAGCAUUGACCCCACCUAUGAUCGAGCCUACAGCCCUGAGGUGGAGUACGGCCACAGGGCCCAGCCUGAUGCCCGGUACGGGGCGUCCCGGAGCCGCAGCCGAGAGCACCUCCACUCCCGCAGCCCCAGUCCCGAGCCGCGGGGGCGGCCUGACCAGCCAGACUCGGACAGGCCCAUCGGCGUCCUUCUGAUCAAAAGCAAAGCAAAUGAAGAGUAUGGUCUCCGGCUUGGGAGUCAGAUCUUCAUAAAGGAAAUGACCAGAACCGGCCUCGCGACUAAAGAUGGCAACCUGCACGAAGGAGACAUAAUUCUCAAGAUAAAUGGAACCGUGACUGAGAACAUGUCUUUAACGGAUGCUCGAAAACUGAUAGAAAAGUCAAGAGGAAAACUCCAGCUCGUGGUACUGAGGGACAGCAAGCAGACACUCAUCAACAUCCCAUCUCUAAAUGACAGCGACUCAGAAAUAGAAGAUGUCUCAGAAAUAGAGUCAAACCGGUCAUUUUCUCCAGAGGAGAGACGGCAGCAGUAUUCUGAUUAUGAUCAUCACUCCUCAAAUGAAAAGCUGAAGGAAAGGCCAAAUUCAAGAGAGGACAUGCAGAGCCGAUGGUCCAGGAUGGGCGCCACGCCCACUCCCUUUAAGUCUACUGGGGAUAUUGCAGCUGCAGUCAGCCCAGAGCCCAGCAAGGAACCCAGAUACCAAGAGGAAUCCCCAGUUCCUCCACCAAAACCAGCCCCGAGAGCUGUUCUUCGUCCAAGUUCUGAAGAUUUAGCAAUAUAUGGCCCCAAUACCAAGAUGGUGCGGUUCAGGAAGGGAGACAGCGUGGGCCUCCGCUUGGCUGGUGGCAACGACGUCGGGAUAUUUGUGGCAGGCAUUCAGGAGGGCACCUCAGCAGAGCAGGAAGGUCUUCAAGAAGGGGACCAGAUUCUGAAGGUGAACACACAGGAUUUCCGAGGGCUGGUUCGGGAGGAUGCUGUUCUCUACCUGUUAGAAAUCCCCAAAGGUGAAAUGGUGACUAUUUUAGCUCAGAGCCGAGCUGAUGUAUAUAGAGAUAUACUGGCUUGUGGCAGAGGAGAUUCGUUUUUUAUCAGAAGCCACUUUGAAUGUGAGAAGGAAACUCCACAGAGCCUGGCCUUCACCAGGGGAGAGAUCUUCCGCGUGGUUGAUACGCUGUAUGAUGGCAAACUGGGCCACUGGCUGGCCGUGAGGAUCGGAAAUGAAUUGGAAAAAGGCUUAAUCCCCAACAAAAGCAGAGCGGAACAAAUGGCCAGCGUGCAGACCGCCCAGAGAGACAGCACCGGGGACAGGGCAGAUUUCUGGAGAAUGCGUGGCCAGAGGUCCGGUGUGAAGAAGAAUUUACGGAAGAGUCGGGAAGACCUCACAGCCGCGGUGUCAGUCAGCACCAAGUUCCCGGCUUAUGAGAGGGUUUUGCUUCGAGAAGCUGGUUUCAAGAGACCUGUGGUCUUGUUUGGCCCCAUAGCAGAUAUAGCACUGGAGAAGUUGGCAAAUGAGCUGCCUGACCUGUUCCAAACUGCUAAAACUGAACCAAGAGACGCAGGAUCUGAGAAAUCCAGUGGGGUGGUGCGGUUAAAUACCGUGAGGCAAAUUAUUGAACAGGAUAAGCAUGCGCUCUUGGACGUGACUCCUAAAGCCGUGGACCUGUUGAAUUACACUCAGUGGUUCCCGAUUGUGGUUUUUUUCAACCCAGACUCUAGACAAGGUGUCAAAACCAUGAGACAGAGGUUGAAUCCAUCAUCCAACAAAAGUUCUCGAAAGUUAUUCGAUCAAGCCAACAAGCUUAAAAAAACUUGUGCACAUCUUUUUACAGCUACAAUCAACCUAAAUUCAGCCAACGAUAGCUGGUUUGGCAGCUUGAAGGACACGAUUCAGCAGCAGCAAGGAGAAGCAGUCUGGGUCUCCGAAGGAAAGAUGGAAGGGAUGGAUGACGACCCCGAAGACCGCAUGUCCUACUUAACUGCCAUGGGCGCGGACUAUCUGAGCUGCGACAGCCACCUCAUCAGUGACUUUGAAGACACCGACGGCGAAGGAGGCGCCUACACUGACAAUGAGCUGGACGAGCCAGCCGAGGAGCCGCUGGUGUCUUCCGUCACCCGCUCCUCAGAGCCGGUGCCGCAUGAGGAGAGCAUAAGGAAAUCCAGCCCAGAGCCACGAGCUCAGAUGAGGAGGGCUGCUAGCAGAGAUCAACUUAGGGACAAUAGCCCGCCCCCGGCAUUCAAGCCAGAGCCGCCCAAGGCCAAAACCCCAAACAGAGAAGACUCCUUUGACUUCUCCAGAUCCUACGAAUACAAGUCAAAUCCCUCAGCGGUUGCCGGUAAUGAAAUUGCCGGGGCAUCUACCAAAGGUUGUCCCCCUCCUAUUGCAGCCAAACCUGCCUUUGGACGGCCCAUACUGAAGCCCUCCACUCCCAUCCCUCCCCCAGAGAGUGAGGAGGUGGGAGAGGGUGGUGAGGAGCAAGACAACGCUCCCAAGUCUGUCCUGGGCAAAGUAAAAAUAUUUGAGAAGAUGGAUCACAAGGCCAGGUUGCAGAGAAUGCAAGAGCUCCAAGAAGCACAGAAUGCAAGGAUUGAAAUUGCUCAGAAGCAUCCUGAUAUCUAUGCAGUCCCAAUUAAAACACACAAGCCAGACCCCGGUCCGCCCCAGUACACAAGUUCCAGGCCUCCCGAGCCUCAGAAAGGUCCUGCCAGACUUUAUCAGGAUCCCAGAGGCAGCUAUGGCAGUGACGCCGAGGAGGAAGAAUACCGCCAGCAGCUGUCAGAACACGCAAGGCGCGGUUACUACGGCCAGCCUUCCCGAUACCGGGACACGGAAUUAUAGAUGCCUGAGGACUGACUCAUCUGCAACCCACUGCUGCCGCCACCUCAGAGCAGUGCUCCCACCAACUGUGGGAGGAUGGAGGGUUCUGUCCAGUUACCACGCACCAUGGAGAUGUAGUGGCACCUUCGGGGGAGCCCAGGGGACAGCCAGGGCAAACUCAGAACUUGUGGGACUGGGUCUGCGGAAUUAAUGGCUUUUUGUUCAGAAUUAAGAGAAACACUACAGUCUGAUACUGUUACCUGCUUCAGUGGACCAAAAUCUAUUAAUUCUGUUUGCAUAUUUUUAACAUGUAUAUUAAGAAAUGAUAACUAUUUUUCUUCAUUAAUAGCUGCCUUCAAGGACAGUUUCAAUGAGAGACAGAACGUGAAAAAACGAAUAAAAACACUGUCGGACUCAAACAAAAUUCAAAUAAGUAUUUUAGUACAACUCUAUAAGUGCCUUUGAUGAGAAGUGUCUUAAAUUUUCUUCCUUUGGAGCUUUAUGCGAAGCCAUAAUGGACUAAAACAUUUUGACUAAAUUUUUAUACCAGUUUAAUAGCUAUGAUUUUCUCUGCACCAUGUCAUCUUUUCAAGGCAUUUGUCUUUACAAUAUUUUGCAUAAAUUCUGACUAUGUAUAUAAUAGCUAUACUUGGUAGUUAGGCUAUCAGUGCUAAGUGGCUUGAAGACCAAGAAGUUGGUAUAGGAUUAUUUUGUUUGUUUAAAACCACGUGUUCCACAAAAGCAGAUACUCGAGAAAAAGACAUUUCCAAAAGUGUGUGUAUUGACAACAGGUUUAUAACUUAAUAAAAAGGAGGACAUGGCAAUCAGUAA